AUGUUCAAGAGGGUGAUCUUUCCAAGACUCGAGACGCCAAGGGUUGUAAUCAGCGAUGGAGGAUCUCACUUCAUCAACCGCACCAUCGAAACUCCUUUGAAGAAGUAUGGUGUGAGACAUAAGGUGGCUACCACGUAUCACCCUCACACAAGCGGACAAGUUGAAACCUCAAAUAAGGAGAUCAAGGCAAUUCUCGAGAAGACGAUGUCAAGAUCAAGGAAGGAUUGGGCAUCUAAGUUGGAUGAUGCCCUUUGGGCGUAUAGGACAGCCUUCAAGGCACCCAUCAGUAUGUCUCUUUUUCAACUUGUCUAUGAGAAACCUUGUCACUUGCCGGUUGAGCUUGAGUAUAGGGCAUAUUGGGCAAUCAAAAAGCUGAACUAUGAUUGGAAAUCCGUUGAGGAGAAACGAGUGCUACAGCUUCACCAACUCGAUGAGAUUCGGUUGGAUGCCUACGAGAAUGCCCGAAUUUACAAGGAGAGGACUAAGAGAUGA